AUGACAGAUCGUUUCUCGCGGCUCGGUGGCGUCAGCCAGAAUGACUCGAAUCCAUGUUCGGGCGACAACUGGUGCAAUGGCACUCUGCAAGGCAUAACCAGCCAGCUGGAAUACAUCCGCGACAUGGGAUUUGACUGCAUUUGGGUCACCCCUGUAGUCUUGAACUUCUAUGGUCCGGAUGGGCCAAGCGGCUAUGGCUACCAUGGCUAUUGGGCGCAGGACUACUACCAGAUAGAUCCAAACUUUGGCACGAAGGAGGAUCUCAAGGAGCUCGUGGAGCAGACUCACAACCUGGGUAUGUGCUUCAUUCUUGACAUCGUCUUGAACCACUGCAGACCCGUGCACAGCGAGCAAGACUUGAGUGAAGUCAAUCCGUUCAACAAAACGGAGUAUGUCCAUCAGCUCAAUAUCAGCAACCUGACCUUCGAUGAAUACACUGAAAAGUUUUCCGGGUGGCCUCCGCCAACCCAGGCUUUGGGUCCAGGAGCCGCAUGCACGCUGCAGUUCUUCCCGGAUGGCACGCCAGACGGAACGAACAACGGAACCUACUGCAACAACUAUAAGGAUCCUGGCAACAUCUACAACGACAACACAUAUUUGGGGCCCUUGGCCCAUGGGCCCAAGGACCUGAAGUACUGCGGCCCGGGGAACUACAUCUGCAAGGGGUACAAUGAGACGGUCAACAUUCUGGGCUGGUUCUAUGACCUUGCAGACUUGAAUCAAUCGGUGCCAUUUGUGCGUCAAGGGCUGAAGGAUUGGGUGAUGUACAUGGUCACCGAGUAUGCAGUGGAUGGCAUCCGCUUGGACACAACACCGUUCAUGACGCACGAGUUCCUCAAGGAAGUGCAGGACAUGCUGCUUGCACUCGACAACCCCAUCCACAUUCUUGGGGAAGUGACCUCCACAAAUCUGACCUUCCAUGCCUCGUACCAGGUCAAGGAUGGCCACAGCAUCCUCGGAGGUUUGGAGAACUUCCCACUGACCUACGGCGCCAUGCCUGGCUACUGCGGAUGGCCAAAUGGCAUCCAGUCUCCCGUGGCACAGUCCAAUCUGAACUAUUUGGCCGAAGCAAUGCUGCUGCAGCAGAAGAGUGGACUCUAUAGUGACCUCAACCUGCUCAUGAACAUGAUGGACAACCAGGAUGAGACUCCAAUCUGGGGCCAAUACCACGUUCCGGGGAGCGGGCCAUUCGCGAAAGGCACUGGGGGAUGCUUGGACUACCCAACUCUGGUUAUGAAUGCAUGGGCCUGGCUGAUGUUUGCGAAGGGCAUGCCGGUGGUAACCUGGGGCGAUGAGCAGGGGAAUGCCGAGUACAGGAAUUCGUUGUGGCAGUUCGGCUGGAACAGGACAUCUUGGCAAUAUCAACUUUUGAAGAAGAUGAACGCCAUCCGGCGGGCUCUGAAUUUGGCAAAAGCAAGCCAAGAUAUCCUCCGCUACAGCAAGUCUGUGCUAGUGUUCUCGAGAGGCUGCGACACUCGCCGGGUCAUAGUUCUGACCAACAACGUCGUACAGCCAGCAGGGAAGAGGAUGGACUACUGGAUCAAGCUCCCAAGACCUCCAAAAGGCAUGAUGUGGCGGGAUGCACUCCGUGAUCAGUACUUUGUCCGCAUGUGGCGGCGAGUGAUUACAUGGAGUACGGAGCCUUUGGUCUUGGUCUUGGAGCCUGAAGGCAAGAAGGCCGAUGUUGGUUAUACUGUUGAAACACAGUGA